AUGGUGACGAUCUACGUUCGCUCGAAAACCACCCACGUCGUGGAGAAUGCCGAGGAGCAUACCGUAGGAGACGUCCGCUCCUGCAUCUGCCAGGCCGAGGGGCUGCCCCUGGAGGAGGUGAGGCUGUACGCUGCGGGGGCACUCCUCGACGACGACAGCUGCCCCCUCGCCGACCUGAGCGUCAACGCCAUCGACGUCAACGUUGGCCUCAAGGGAGGGAAGGUGCACGGGUCCCUGUCCCGCGCCGGCAAGGUCAAGGGCCAGACGCCCGUGGUGGAGAAGAAGGAGAAGAAGAAGGGCAAGACCGGCCGUGCCAAGCGCAGGGCGCAGUACGAGCGCCGGCUCUUCCUCGCGACCACUGUCUCCCAGGGCAGCAGGCGAGGCCCCAAUGCCCAGGGAGUCUCCAACACGUAGUGAGCCCUGCGCUAGUGAUCCGCUAGUGACCAUGGCCGCUGUGAGC